AUGUCUCUCAAGCAAAGCAUAGACAAGGCCACCUCGUCGGAGCUCACAGAGGACAACCUCGCGCUGUUGCUGGACGUCGUGGAUAUUGUCAAGAGCGACGCAGACACAAACAUCGAGGAGUCGGUCGAGAUUAUCAAGACCAAGCUCGAAUCAAACAAUGCCAACGUUAUUCUGCGAAGUGUUUCUUUGCUGGACUUCUUGGCAGAGAAUUGCGGCGCCAUGAUGCGUGCGCAGAUUGGCAAGCGCUCGUUUGUCAACAACUACCUUGUCAAGCUGGUUAACGACCCGAAAAUGCACAACUCUAUUAAAUACGCCAUCAUUAAGGAAAUCUACAAGUUAAGCAAGAGUUUCAAAGGUGACGAGUCGUUGCGCGCGAUGGAGCUCAGUUUUGCCGAGCUGAAGACAAAGUACUUAUACUUAUGCCAGCAAGCGGUUUCUGAGGUGGACGGAACGGCCCGUCCAGCGGAAGGCGGCGACGAGGACGAGGAGCUAAAGAAAGCCAUUGAGAUGUCGCUCAAGGAAACAGGUCCGCCAUUCCGGCCGUCACUGGACGUUCCAACGCCUGUUCAACAGCCGGUGGAACAGCCGCAACCUGAGGUGGCUGCUCCGGUCAUCGAACAAGCCACAGCCCCGGAGAAAGUGCGGGCAUUGUACGAUCUGGUUUCGAACGACGACGACACAUUAUCGUUCAAGAAGGACGACAUCAUCGUUGUUGUGGAGAACGUGAACGAGGACUGGAUCAGAGGCUGUCUGAGAGGCAAUUUGGGCAUUGUGCCCGUGAACUAUGUGGAAAAGAUUCCGCCAACGACAGACCAGCAACUGGCCGAGCUGACGGGACUGCUCGACAACUCUCUCAACGUGGAAGUGCUUCUUUCGAAACUGAUCGAUCUCCGAACCAGAUUGGCAUCGCAGCCAGUCUCAAGCCAGGAAUUCGAGAGCAUUUUAAUAAGAGACGAGAUUCCAGGCAAACUCGACCAGUUGACCCAGAUCAGAGGAACCAUGAAGCAGAUCCUGGACUUGUACAAGCUCAAAGUGCUGGAGUUGCAAAGCAUGCAGGAAAACAUCGACACCAGCGUCGAUAUUUACGAACAACUGCUCAGAGACACGAAAAGCGGCCAGCCGCUUCCGCCAGUGAACAACACCACCACGUUUGGGUUCAACCCGCAGCAGAGCCAGUAUCAGGUCCAGAGCCCGCCGUUCCAGAGAUACUGA